CCUGUUUUGACCCUGUUUAUGCUAAGAUUAAAGCCGCUAUUCUGAGCAAAACGAAACUUAAGGAAACGAAACUGAACAGGGCAGAGCAAAUACUGACAAGACCGAAGACAGGGGCAAAAAGCAGGUAUUUCCUUCUUUAUUGCCAGUGGAGGUGAAAGCAGAACCAGAAGCUGCUAGAUCCUCUCUCCUGCCCCAACACCUCUACCAUGGACCGCCUCUACAGCUGUGGACCAAGAGAACUGGACAAUUUCAUCUUUCAGAAUCUCCAGCCCAAUAGGGAAUUUAAUCAGCAGGUGUGCAGAGCCAUCGACAUCAUCUGUGAAUUCCUGAAACGCACUUGCUUCAGGGAUGCGCCCCCUCCUCGACCCAAGGUGCUGAAGAUUGUCAAGGGUGGCUCAUCUGGCAAAGGCACAGCUCUGAAAAGGGACUCAGAUGCUGACCUCGUGCUGUUCCUUGACAUCUUCAAUGGCUAUGAAGACCAGAAAAGAGACAGGAGGUCUAUCAUCCAGGAGAUUGAGAAGAGGCUCAAUUCCCAGGAAUGCCGGGAAAUAAUACCGAGCGAUAUAGAAAUACAGAUUGAAAGAUCAAAGUGGGACAACCCACGUGUGCUCAGCUUCAAGCUUCGUUCUGAUGAUUUCACAGAGUACAUUGAAUUUGAUGUCCUGCCGGCCUUUGAUGCUCUCGGUCACUACAGGGGUGGCAUGCCUGACCCCCAGGUGUACAUCAGACUGAUCCACAGCAGCGACGGCCGUGGGGGUCAGUUCUCUCCCUGCUUCACCGAGUUGCAGAAAGACUUCAUCAGGGAGCGCCCUGCCAAACUGAAAAGUCUCAUCCGUUUGGUGAAAUACUGGUACAAACAGCUGCCAGAUUGGGAAUCAAAGCCCCCAAAGUAUGCGCUUGAGCUUCUGGCUGUCUACGCCUGGGAACAAGAUGGUGAGAAGACUGAUUUCAACAUGGCGGAAGGUUUCCGGACGGUCCUUUGGCUCAUCCAACAGCACGGAGACCUCUGCAUCUUUUGGACAAAGUACUAUGACUUUCAGAAUGAGACUCUCAAACAAUACCUGCAUACUCAGCUCCGGAAACCCAGGCCUGUUAUCCUUGACCCAGCAGAUCCAACUGGGAUCGUAGGAGAGGGGAAACGCUGGGAUCUGCUCGCAGAAAAGGCCGCUGAUUGUGCUGGGCAGGCAUGCUUCGUGAAACCCGAUGGCUCCAUGGUUCAACCCUGGGAUGUGCCGGUGUCCUCCACUCAUGGUGCCAGCUUUGGAGAGUUGCCGAGACUUGUGCUGCAUUGCACUCAGUGGCCCCUGACCCCCGUGUUCCAUCAGGCCAGGCAGCAGGUGUCCUCCACUCAUGGCGCCAGCUUUGGAGAGUUGCCGAGACACGUGCUGCAUUGCACUCAGCGGCCCCCGACCCCCGUGUUCCUUCAGGCCAGGCAGCAGGUGCAAGUGCCCCCGGAAGAGCCGUACUCUUGCCAGACCCAGAAGCUGCUGGAUCCUCUCUCCUGCCCCAGCACCUCUACCAUGGAUCCCCUCUAUAGCUGUGGACCAAAAGAACUGGACAAAUUUAUCUUGCAGAAUCUCCAGCCCAAUAAGGAAUUUAAUCAGCAGGUGUGUGGAGCCAUCAACAAAAUCUGUGAAUUCCUGAAACGCAAGUGCUUCACAGAGGUGCCCCUUCCUCGACCCAAGGUGCUGAAGAUUGUCAAGGGUGGCUCAUCUGGCAAAGGCACAGCUCUGAAAAGGGACUCAGAUGCUGACCUCGUGCUGUUCCUUGACAUCUUCAAUGGCUAUGAAGACCAGAAAAGAGACAGGAGGUCUAUCAUCCAGGAGAUUGAGAAGAGGCUCAAUUCCCAGGAAUGCCGGGAAAUAAUACCGAGGGAUAUAGAAGUACGGAUUGGAAAACCAAAGCAGGACAACCGUGUGCUCAGCUUCCAGCUUCAUGCUAGCGAAGAGGAGUACAUUGAUUUUGAUAUUCUGCCGGCCUUUGAUGCCCUUGGUCACUACAGGGGUGGCAUGCCUGACCCCCAGGUGUACAUCAGACUGAUCCACAGCAGCAACGGCCGAGGGGGUCAGUUCUCUCCCUGCUUCACCGAGUUGCAGAAAGACUUCAUCAGGGAGCGCCCUGCCAAACUGAAAAGUCUCAUCCGUCUGGUGAAAUACUGGUACAAACAGCUGCCAUAUUGGAAAUCAAAGCCCCCAAAGUAUGCGCUUGAGCUUCUGGCUGUCUACGCCUGGGAACAAGAUGGUGAGAAGACUGAUUUCAACAUGGCGGAAGGUUUCCGGACGGUCCUUUGGCUCAUCCAACAGCACAGAGACCUCUGCAUCUUUUGGACAAAGUACUAUGACUUUCAGAAUGAGACUCUCAAACAAUACCUGCAUACUCAGCUCCGGAAACCCAGGCCCGUUAUCCUUGACCCAGCAGAUCCAACCGGGAUCGUAGGAGAAGGGAAACGCUGGGAUCUGCUCGCAGAAAAGGCCGCUGAGUGUGCUGGGCAGGCAUGCUUCGUGAAACCCGAUGGCUCCGUGGUUCAACCCUGGGAUGUGCCGCUGCAAGUGCCCUGGGAAGAGCCGUACUCUUGCGCCAUACUCUGAGGAGACCCCUUCCAGCCUCGUCAUAAGAUGAAGCACUCCAUGGGUGUUUGAAGAGGGGGCAUCUUAUAUUGCUUUCCAAGCUAUUUUUUUAUAAAAAGAGGGGGGAAUGCAUCUUGGGAGUUGGAUGAGUAGGAAAGGUUAUGGAAGAAGAACAUGAAAUUUACUGCAUGCACUGUUUUAAGAGAAAGUACGAUGAAAAUGAUGUAUAGAUGGUAUUUGACGCCAGUGAAACUUGCUAAGAUAUACCAUAACCAGGAUAAUAAAUGUUGGAAAUGCAAAAAGGUGGAAGGAACAUUCUAUCAUAUGUGUUGGACGUGCCCAUUAGUUAAGGAUUUCUGGGAAAAGAUUUAUAAUGAAUUGAAAAGAGUGUUGAAGAACACCUUUCUUAAGAAACCAGAAUCCUUCCUAUUGGGCAUAGUAGGAAAAGAAUUGCCUAGUAUAGAUGUGAAUUUGUUUUUGUAUGCCACAACUGCGGCGAGAGUAUUAUUAGCAAAGUACUGGAAGACACCGAAGAUACCUACAGUGGAGGAAUGGCAGAUGAAGAUGUUGGACUACAUGGAACUUGCUGACCUGACCGGAAGGCUUCACGACCGGAGAGAGGAGAAGACGGAAGAGGAGUGGAAGAAAUUUAGAAUUUAUUCUAAAAAAUAUUGUAGAAUUGAUAUUUGAAUCGGAUUAUAAGCAAUUGUGUAGGUUGUAGGUUAGGAAUUAAGAGUGUAAAAUUAUAUAGGUUAGACAAUUGAAUUUAAGGGGAAAAUGUAACUAUGAUUUUUUUAAAAAAUUAAUUAAGAAGAUGAAAAUUUGAUUAGAAUCUGCUAAGUUAGAGAUGUAAUGAACCGUUAAAAGGAAUUCUCGUGGAGGUCUAUUAUUGAACUAUGAAAUUAGGACAUUGGAAUGUUGAUUUUUAUUCUUAUUUUUAUUGUUAACUAUUCUUUUUUUUUUUCUUUUUUUCUCUAUUCUUAAAGUUGGAUGGUCAAAGAUGAUGUAUGUUAUAGGAGAAUAUUGUUUUUUUUCUCUUUUUUCUUGUUUAUAUGUUGGAAAAUCUUAAUAAAAAUAACUUUAAAAA